CAAGACUUGGGGAGUGAAAUGUUAUAAAUAACUGAUGAUUAGUCCUUAAGGAUCACUCCGAUCAGACAUCAUUUAUCAUGUUUACAGGAAACUUAUAUGAACGAAUAGUUUCAUUCCGAUAGCUACAGACUACGUGAAUGUUCCUUCAUGGAUGAGGUUUAACAAAUUUCAGAUUGUAUUUGAUUUUACUACAUAACACUUAAAUGUCAAUCCCAUUUCUGUUUUCUGGGGUUACUUCCCCUACUUAUGACAUUUUGUUCAAGCAGUGAAUCCAGAUGUUCAUUUAGAAAUCCAAAAAGUUAUUGAGAAGAGAAACAAGACAAUGUGAUAUUUAAGUGAAAACUUAUAAAAAAGAAACAAUGAUUGAGUUUGAAUCUUUUCAAUAUCAUAAUAAUAUAAAUCAGACAGACCUAACCAAAGGAUUAAUUACAAUUGACGGUGAACUUGAAUCAGAUGAUAUAAAAUCGUUAAAAUUCCUCUGUCAAGAUCACAUAGCACAGAAAACUUUAGAAAAAAUUGAAGAUGGAAUUCAAAUCUUUAAUGAACUUGAAAGACUUGGAAAAAUUGACACUUCACGAGGGGAGGUGGAUUACCUGUUGGAAAGUUUGUGUAGAUGUCAUCGAAUCGACUUAAUCAGGAAAAUGGGUUUUAAUCAAAUCCAAGUAAAGAAUAGAGUGGAAAGUGGACGUUCAAAUUUUUCACCUUUUAGAUUACUACUGUUUGAAAUCGCUGAAGAAAUGGAGACUGCGGAUUUGAAGACGGCUCUUUUCACCUUGUCUUCAGUAAUUCCCCGAUCUAAACAUGAUAAAAUUAAAUCUAUCUGUGAUGUAUUUAUCCAGCUUGAGAGAUCUGGUGAUUUAUCACCUGUUAAUGUUGAAGUAUUGUACAAACUGUUGAAGAUGAUGGAUCGAGGAGAUUUAAUCACCAAAGUCAGAGCCUAUCAAGGAGCUCAGCCAACAGGAGGAAAUACAGAGUUAGGAUAUGGACCAGUGGAAGAAGGACAGAUACCCAGAACAAUUGAAAUAGCAAUGGAACCAGAAUACCAAGGUGAAGGUCAUAUCCCUCCUGCUUACACAGUGGAACAACAGAGACCUACACGAGCUACUGAGCAUUCAGUACAAUUUACAGGGAACCAAAUACCAUUACAUUUAGGGCAAUUCCAAAAUUCAACUGCCAGUGUUAUUCCAAGUCAGCAAGAAAUAGUAGACAUUCAGGGUACCAGAUCAAACAAAAAUGGUAGACGCGAUGGUAAUGUGGAUAGUAACAUGGCGAAAAGACUUAAAGUGUUAGACAGGGAACGUGACAGACUGGUUCCAAGUCAACAGGAGGAUCCAGUUUUUUUGUAUUCACAGCAAGAACAACCAUCAACUGGUUACUACCCAUCUGUGAUAGGUAUUAGGAACCAGCCACCAGCAGAACCUUCACCUGUUAAUAGAACAGGAAUAAGUAGUGAGGUACCAGUGAAUCAUCUGGUACCUCGUAAUGAUGUUGUUACAGAGGAGCAAUCCCCUGGAGACAGUGGGUUAACUGCAGGAACUGUGUCGUUGUCAGACAGAAGUUCACAGGAUAUUAGUUCUGAAGAGGUACAACUGUCAAUAACUGAAAGUAAACUGGUUGGGAUUUCUGAAGUCAUAGCAAGAAGAGAGGACUGGAUGCAACUUGCUCCAGAAUUGAUGAUUGAUUUUGAACGCAUAUCUGAAAUAAAUCAGGCAAAUCCAACAAAUUUGCUGAGAGUCCAUGGCUUCCUUAGACACUGGUUUAUUGAACAGAAAAAUAGAUUGGGUACCAGUCCAACUGCAGAUGGUCUCUUAAAUGCUUUUCGACGAUUAGGAUUUACAGAUGCCAUUGAAGAGUUUGUUAGACUCAGUCUAGAACCAGAAUCUGAGAAUGAACAGGGAUCUGAGAAUCUAGACGCACGGUCAGAAAGAAGUGUUUAUCAAGAGGAGAAUUUUGAUGUCUCAUCAGGUGAAGCUAGAGUGUCUCAAGGAAAUGAGGACACAGAUUUCAGAGCAGCCACACCCCCUAUCAAUCUGUCAAAUUCAGGAGCACAAGUUGGUCCAAGUUUAAAUCCUCUAAUUAACCAGAGCAUACGACAACCAAAUCGACAGGAUGAUGUCAUCGUCAGGCAAAUGGAGGCUGUCGCCAUUGAUGAUUCUGCUAUGCCUUUCUAUAAGAUGAAUGCCAGACCUAGGGGUUUAGCCAUAAUAAUGAACAACCAGCACUUCCAUAAAAUCAGAAAUGAUCCACAAAGCAAGGAGAUGCCAGCAAGAACUGGUACAGAAAAAGAUGCAGAAAAACUGGAUUACAUAUGGAGGAAGUUGGAUUUUGAAGUACGUUCCUACAAUGACGUAGACUCAACACGAAUGACUCAGAUCAUGGUGGAAACAGCCUUUGAAGACCAUUCAAAGUAUGACUGCCUUGUGGUGUCAAUAUUGACACAUGGAGUGCUCGGCCAUGUUUAUGGAGCUGAUGGACGGAUCGUAAGAAUUAGUCAGUUAACCAGCUGUUUUUCUGGUAGAAGAUGUCCGUCAUUGGCGGGAAAACCGAAGUUGUUCUUCAUUCAGGCUUGUCAAGGAAGAGAAAAACAAGAAGGGCAUGUCAUUGAAACAGAUGGUAAAGGAAGUAUGCCAGUUUCAGAUAGUUCUGAAGAAAGACAGGAUUUAAAUGUUGACAGACCAAGGGAGUUAAUCCCUGAUGAAGCUGAUUUCUUGUUAGGAUAUGCUACUGUUCCCGGCUAUGUUUCCUACAGAAGUAGAUCACAGGGGAGCUGGUAUAUCAAUAAGUUAUCACAGAAUCUGGAUAAAUAUGCUUAUCAGCACGACUUACUGAGUAUUUUGAUUAAAGUGAAUGAGGAGGUUGGAAGAGCUACAGCAAACAUUGACAAUGGAGCCUACAAACAGAUUCCUGCACCUAUGUUUACACUGAGGAAACGUAUCAUAUUCCGUUAAUUAUAAUGUGGCAAACAUUGAGAAUGAAGCUUACAAACACAGAUUCCUGCACAAUAUUUAUAGUGAGGAAACGAAUCAUAUUCAGAUAAACUCUAUUGUGGCAGACGUCGCUAAAAAUUUGUUCUGUUAUAUUGAUUUAAAUGAAAGAUAUGUUAAUUCAAAUGCCUAGCUGGCAAAUGAAUAUUCACAUGAAAAUGUGUGAUAUAUUGAUUUAUUAUAUUCAUUUAGAAGUAAAUUCAGAUGUGAAGCAUA